AUGGAAAUCACUGUGGCAGUUCUUCAGGAAGCUGUGUGGAUCUGUGAGGGUGUGCACUACCUGCACCAACACUACAUCCUGCACCUGGACCUCAAGCCGGAGAACAUACUGUGUGUCAGUCAAACCGGGCAUCAAAUUAAGAUCAUUGACUUUGGGCUGGCUAGAAGAUACAAGCCUCGGGAGAAGCUAAAGGUGAACUUUGGUACUCUAGAGUUCCUGGCCCCAGAAGUUGUUAACUAUGAGUUUGUGUCAUUCUCAACAGACAUGUGGAGUGUGGGAGUUAUCACCUACAUGCUACUCAGUGCUUUGUCCCCAUUUCUAGGGGAAACAGAUGCAGAGACCAUGAAUUUUAUUGUGAAGUGCAGCUGGGAUUUCAAUGCUGAUACCUUCAAAGGGCUGUCAGAGGAAGCCAAGGACUUUGUUUCCCGGUUGCUGGUCAAAGAGAAGAGCUAUAGGAUGAGUGCCACACAGUGCCUGAAACAUGAGUGGUUAAAUCACCUGUCUGCCAAAGCCUCGGGCUCCAACGUUCGCCUCAGAUCCCAACUACUGCUGCAGAAAUAUAUGGCCCAGAGUAAAUGGAAGAAACAUUUCCACGUGGUGACUGCCGUCAACAGGCUAAGGAAAUUUUCAACGUGUCCCUAA